AUGGAAAAAUUCAAGAAUUUGACAGCACGAACUGAACAGAGUAGCGGAAAUGGUAACGAAAAAACUGAUAUGGAAAUUACCAUCAAUGAUGGUGAAGUUGGCAGAUUGUGGGAUGAUGGCCCAUUAAUGGCAACGACUUCAGUAUUAUAUUCAACAGCGACGAAUUGCAAUGCAUUGCGUGAUGGAAGACUGUCUGGUUUUGAAGAGCACUCGUCGUUGUACGUGACAAGCAGUUUUGACUUGCUUAAGUGA